AUGGACGGCGGCUCCGUCUCGGGAGAGGGGCCGAAGCGCCCGCCGGACCGCCGGCGGUUUCUGCUCUUCUUACUCGCCAGCCGCUGCGGAAGCCCGGGCGGCGUCCCGGCGCGUCGCUGCCUGUCCGCGCUCGCCCAGGGUCUGGAGGCGCUGGGCCCCGGCGCCCCCGCGGCCCGCGCCGCGUCACGUGCCUCGGCGCUGUGCCUCUUGGUGCAGGUGCCGGUGCCGCGCCGGGCCGCCGCCGCCCCGCGCCGGCCGCCGGGAGAGCGGGAGCGCGCGCGCCUGGGGCCCUCGGCUCCCCCCGCCGGGCGCUGCUGCGCGUGGAGGUGCCAGCCCGGCCUCGUCCCGGGCGUCGCCUGCGCCGCGGGCCCCCUGCACCAGUGCCAGGGCCGAGUGCCCGCCCUCGCUGCCACCCGGAGAGAGCUAAGCCUCUCUGCUGGGUGCCUACAGUUGGAGCACAAACGCGGAGAUUUCACCUCCUCUGGGAGUAGGAAGCUCUACUUUGACACUCAUGCCUUAGUGUGUUUACUCGAAGAAAAUGGGUUUACUACUCAACAAGCAGAAAUCAUUGUAUCUGCAUUGGUGAAGAUCACGGAGGCCAACAUGGGUAUCGUCUACAAAGACAUGGUCACCAAGAUGCAACAGGAGGUCACUCUUCAGCAAAUAAUGUCUCAGAUUUCUAAUGUGAAAAAAGAUAUGAUUAUUUUGGAGAAGAGUGAAUUUUCAGCUCUCAGAGCAGAAAAUGAGAAAAUAAAACUUGAACUACAUCAGUUAAAACAACAAAUAAUGGAUGAAGUGGUCAAGGUCCGAACAGAGUCCAAAUUAGACUUCAAUCUAGAAAAGAGCAGAGUAAAAGAAUUGUAUUCAUUAAAUGAAAGGAAGCUGCUGGAAAUGAGGACGGAAAUGGUGGCAUUGCAUGCCCAGCAAGACCGGGCCGUCACCCAGACAGACAGGAAGAUAGACACUGAGGUUGCUGGCCUCAAAACCAUGCUCGAGUCGCACAAGCUUGAUAAUAUCAAAUAUCUAGCAGGGUCUGUAUUUACAUGCCUAACAGUAGCUCUGGGAUUUUAUCGCCUGUGGAUAUAA